AUGCUCUGCAUCUACAUGGCCUUGGGCAUCUUGAAUCAGACCCUCUGGCUGACUUUUGCUGCGAUUCCAGAUGCAACAGCCAGAAGAUAUGACAUUCCGGAACAGUACGUCGCGUCGUUAGCGGUGCUUUGCAAUGCCGUGUAUGUACCUGGCUCAUGGAUAUGUACGGCACUCCUAAGAAGCUCUGGACUUGCCAGAGUUAUCAAAGUCGCCUGCUGGCUACAGCUGCUGGGCAGCCUGAUACGCUUUUUAGCCGACGCAGCCUUUCGGCGCUGGUCGGGUCCCUUCGCCUUCCUGCUUCUCUUCAUCGGCCAAGGUGUUGCGGCAUUGGCAUCCCCACUCAUCAUGAACACACCUGCAGUCUUUGCGAACGCCUGGUUUGGCCGGCGUGAGCGCGAAGGGGUGCUGGCAGUGGGUGCAUUGAGCCCGAUCUUUGGACAAGGGCUUGGAUCCGCCAUUGCUGGCUUCGUUGUCACUGGCUACGAAGCGGAGGGCACGGAGCAGCUCUUAGCAGGCCAAGCCUCAUUGAGCGCUCUCAUGGCUCUAUGGACCAUUGGGCAGUUCGUAGAUGCUCCGGGGGAGAGCUCGCAGGAAAUCCGCAGCGAGACUUUCAAGGAAGGUUGGAAGUUAAUGCGGAGGCUUAAUUUCUGUUUGAUUCUAAUCAUCUUCAACUGUGGCAUGGCCUUGGCAGCUGCGACGCUGACUUUGUUUGGAAAGAUUGCAAGCAACUGUGGCUAUACCUCCACGGAAGCUGGCAUUGCAAGUGGCAUGUUCAUGGUUGGGGGAGUCAUUGGCUCACUCACGACAGGUUCGCUCCUGGGAGCAACUCGAGCUUACCGGACAAUCCUGCGAUGUUCGAUCAUUUCUGCAGUGAUGUUUGGACUAGUGUUUCUUGUGAUGCUUCGUCCUGGCAACUUGCGCGGGCUGUUGAUCACGACAACGUUCUUCGGCACUUUCAUGAUGAGCGCGCUGCCGGCCUUGUUGUCAAACGCGGUGGAAGAGACGUAUCCAACUCCUGCAGACAUCACCACGGCGCUGCUUUUCAAUUCUGCCAUAUUGCUCCAGGUUUUCUUUAUCCCACUAUCUCAAAGCGUCCUGACCAGUCAGGGAGAUACCUGUGCCUCGUGGGGCUCUGCUUACAGCGUCUUUGAGAUCUCUGUUGCUGGUGUCGGAUGCUUACUGCCAGCCCUGCUCUACCAUGGCAGGAAUAACCGAAUGCUAGCUGAACUGGAGGAGGAGCAGAUGCACGAAGGAAGCUGA